GACUACGUAUUCAACAAAAGAAGGGGAAUCCCCACGCCAUGUUAACGUCAUCGUUGGGUGGAGAUGGCAGGAUUGACAACAGAGCAUUCAUGUUCGCGAUCGCCUCAUCGGAUUCUGUGCUUUAAUGUCAUAAUUUAGCCGCUUCUUGAUUUAAAUUUGGUAUCAGGUUGAUCACGAACACAUAUCAGUUCCUCUGCAUGGUCCAGCUACUAAAGAAGUAUCAACACUUUUCAUCAGUUUUUGGAGCAGUUAGGUUUAAAGAUGAGGUUGAUAUUGUUGGAUUAUAAGGAUGAUAGCUUGUUUGGCAAGAAGGUGUGUAGCGAGAGUGCAUCAUUCUUCAAGAAACAUAAAGAAUCUUACAAGAGGAUGAUAGUUGAACAGGGACGGGACUUUUGGAUUUACCUCUCUAUUUCUUUCAAGGCUUAUUGCUUGAAAAAUCGUAUUCUUUAUCUUGCAGGCGCUUCCAGUGAAAAGAAAAUUUUCAAAAUGAUAGAAAAAACACUGGAAGUGGUAGAUCAGAUGUUAACAAAUGGGCACGUCAAGGAUGGUAUGAAGUUGUGUGAGGACCUUAUCGUAGUGCAUGAAUACAGAUCUUUCAUUGACGAUAUUCACGGUCAGUCUGUCAUGACCAACCCAUUCUAUAUGUGGGAUAGUGAAAAGACAUUCUGCAGACUGUUUGGCCAGCCUAUAGAAGAAAGGACUCUGCAUUUUGUUCAGGUGAUAACGACCCUGCAGUAUCUACUCCAUCUAGGAGGAUGCCUGUUUGAGAUGCUACGCCGAUGGCUACAUGCAGAAGAAUGCAAGCAGGACGUCACGAUUUACUGGAAGCCGCCUCCGGAAAGACUCUUUCACGUAUUCGGAGUAAAAUCACCGACUCUGAUUAAAGCUUAUACUGUCAUCAAUAAGUAUGAACGGUGCUUGCUCGACAAGACUAUGUAUGAAGUUACCGAGGAAACAAAAGACGGACGCCAUAUGGUGGAUUUUAAGAUUGAUUACAAUUCACCGGGGAGUGAAGACGAAGAUCCGAGAUCUGGUGAAUCAAAUAGCGUGGUUAUUUCAAUUGUAAAUGAAGACACAAAGGAAGUAACGAAGAGGGUGAAGUUGAGAUAUCCAAGAUGGCAGACUACCACAUACUCGCGUAAUCCUGGCGAAUGUCCCGGGUGCGAGGACCAUCUGGAGUGCAUCCGCAAGCAGGUCAUUGACGAGGGCUACGUCCUUCCGAAGGCCUUUGAGGUCUUUUACGAACCUUAUUUCCACGUGAAAUUGCCAAAGCAACAGACUGAAGCAACCGAGUGUGAUGGUACUACGAAUCAUGAUACAAACGGUCCAAGCGUUGCCAGCGCUAAGAGUAAGGAUAAAGGACUGACGAGGAAAGCCCUCAAGCAGAUAGGAAAAAAGGAGCGCAGGCAUCAGAGGAAGAAAAAAGCAGGGGACGAGAGUUUAGACAAACAAGAAGCAGUGGGGCUUCAAAAAUUUGUGGACGCAUGCAGAAAAGUUCCUGGUUUUAUUGAAGAGUUAGAGAGGCUGCAGCCAAAGAAAAUCGUAGGUGUUCCGUUACCCGAAGGAUAUCAACCAGAACUAACUAGGCCUGCUCCGGGAAGUGAAUGCCGUGUUAGAAUACUGGACCCUCAUGGAAAUGAAAUGGAUGUACUGGACCGAAAUGCGAUUCUUGAGGAAGAAAUUCAGAAAAGGCUCCUGAAGCAAAGACAGAUAGAGGCAGCCAAAAAGAAAAACGUAGAUGAAGGAGUGACAUCAAGUAAAGAGGAAGAUAAUAAUGAUAAAGAUGGUGAUGAAGAGAGGGAAGAUAAAGGAAGCAAAGACGAGGACAAAGAUGAUGACAGUGACAGUUUGACCACAAAUUUAGGUAAUGCUUCAAAGGAAGAAGAAAAACAGUCCGUUCGCGAGAUGAAGCAGAAUGAACCUUCGAAUAUGGAGAUGAAAAAGAAGAAAGACAUUCCAGAUUCAGAGAUGAAGCAAAAUGGACAGAUCCUUGAUGAAAAGCUUCAUCAGAAUGACCAUCAACCUCAUACAGAUCAGAAGGAACAUGUUCCCAGAACAGAGAUGAAGCAGAUGGAACAGAAUCCUGAUCCAGGGGUAAAGCAGAUGGAACAAGUUCCCAUCACCAAAGAUCAGUCUGCUAGCUGCCUGUCUGCUGAGGAUGAGAGAACUGCUGUCAAUGGGCUUGAUGAUCACCAAGGAGAAGGGUCCAAGGAAACAACCGGAACUAAUGCCAUAGAAUUGUCCGAUGAAGUCACCGAGAAUCAUAAACUAAGACAGUGCGCAUUGUGUGGCAAGAAAGAGGACCAACCAAAGACGUACAAGAAAUGCCAGCAAUGUCGACAAGAAAAGAUCAAGCAGGCAAAGUUCUACUGCAGCAGAGAUUGCCAAGUACAAGAUUGGAAAAGGCGCCACUGGAAGGAGCAUCUAGAGAAAGAGACAGAGCCUGAGCCCAAGAAGACCCCAAGAGUGGCAAAAAGCACUGAGCCGCUUGUGGAUAUGGAUGAGGGCUAUAUGAUUAUAGGUUUGAACAGUUUGAACGAAUUCACCAAGUUGGAUGACGUAGAUUAGGCAUUUAAAAGAGAAUUCUAUAUAAGGUGUACAAAGAUAAAUCAGCCGUAAGGCACGGACAGCCAAAUAUGGAAACUCUGAACGAGCUGCUAUUAAAUUGCAAAUCAAGCCCAAGUCCCAAGAUCAAGGGCAAUGGGAUAUUGCAAGAAGCUUGAGUUGAAUGCAAAUCAAUAACAAAUUUGCAUUUAAUUAUACAUUCAAUGGGAAUGAGUAAUUGUUUAACUUGAUAUUCAGUCUUGGUCCAAGCUGGUGAUCUAUAAAGCUCGGCACAAACUAAAUUGGGUUCCAAAAGAAACUGAUCUUUACAAGGGCACUGCACAAAUUCCACUCAGUCAAAGAGAACAGUAUUUUUACACAGGCUAGCUUUGAUAAUCUUAACUAAGCACAUGUCAAUAAUUAAGAGAUUGAUUCAAUCAAAGAGAGGCUUUAGCCCCUCACAUCAUUUGGUUUCAGACUCCAAACUCACAAAAUGGCAAAAGAAAGACCAAUGAAAAUGAGAUGGGAUUAAACAAACUUUCCAGUAAGUUACACGUGUCAUGACAGGCAUGUUUAAUGAUUGGCUCAAUCACAAAGACGCCACAGGAAAUGAACAUCAAAAUGUUUUGGAACCCAUUUUACAUGAUCGGUUGCAAUCUGAUUCUAAAUGAUAUUGCAAUGGCAUUUGAUAUGAACAUUAAACCUAUAAAAUAUUAAUGAUCAUUUUUUCUGAAUAGUAGUAUGAAUACUAAAAUGGACAAUUCCAUAAAAUGAUCAACCUUUUUGUACGUCCGACCCCCAUUUCACUGAAGUCUUACUUCACUUCAUGAACUGACCAAGUCAUGGUCCUUUGAGAACAUUAUGUACUGUAAAAGAACAAGUCAGACAGAAAAUUUCAAGAAGGUCCCACAUAUAGGGGGUCGGAUGUACAUAUUUUAUGGAAUUGCCCAAAAUGAAAUUCCAGUCUGUUUCAAACCUCCAUGUAGGGAUAAACGCAAAUCCAAUUACAUAUCAUAAUGACAUCAUCAUCCACUGCAGAUUUGAACUAAUUUGGGAUUUUAAUCUGAUGCCAAAACUUCAAAUUAAAUAUCAACUUUCACAUUUGAUGGAAGAUUCAAUGAAUCUAUAGAAUAAUUGGUUUCCAUGUAGCCCCUUUCCCCCUUUGGCUGCUAUUACUCAAGCAUUCAUUUUGCUUAUAUAGUUUGCCACUGCAUUCGUUUUUCACUACUUUGUCUUAUCCUUAAAUUGUAUUCAUGUCUAAAUUUUGUUAUGACACUACUAUAAAUUUGUCACAUUACAAUGUACUUUCAUGUCAUACUAUGAUUAUGUUUAUGUAUUGUAAAUUUAUUUUGACUUUACAAUAAAUGCAGAAACUCCUGCAAAAAAAAUAAAAAAAUUAAUAAAUAAUGCCUGAUAAUCUAGUUGCUGAAAUCAAAUGCACUGAUGAAUUUGAUAAACUUCUUUGGCCUAAUGUCUAUUCAUAAUUUUAACUUGGAAACAAAAGGGAAGUAGAUAUAAUUAAGCAAUAUGAAAUUGGCAUGUAAUGGCAUGAUUUAUUAAUAGAAAUUUAUUUCCUUGCAAUAUGCUCUGAAGUACUAUAAGCUGUAAUUAAGCAUCAAUGUUGAUUAAACCAUGUUGUAAUUCUAUUUUUAUAUCACAUCAAUGAAAAUUUGUAUAAUUUUUUUUGCUCAUGGAGUACAAAAAAGAAAGAGCCAUUUGCAUUGUCACUUUGUUCCUAUUUUUAUUGCCUUUAGCAAACAAUUCUUUAAAAUUAUUUUGAGUUAUUAUGCAUUUUUUUUCAUCAGUGAGUACUUUCCAAAGUUUAAAAAAAAUAAUGUCGAACAGUUAGCAAUGAAUGUUUUUAGUCAGAUCAAUUUAGUACUUCAUGCAGUAAUGCUGAUCAUUGUAAAUGCUGAAGUCUUUUUUAGUACUGGUAAUGUGCAUGUAUGUUAUGCUGAUUGAUUUGGAAUAUCAUAGCAUUUGUAAUUAAGAAAUGCAUUUUGUAGAUUCAAAUCUGAUUGAUAAUUCAUUCAACCACUUCAAUUUGAAAGUUUUAUUCUUAGAAUGUUGUAUUCCAAUACACCUUGUUAUCCUUUAACAAUACUAACAUGUAUUUCUUCUUUUUCAUUCUUCAAAGUGAAUAUAUUUUCGUUUCUCUUUAGCUUCAAUUUCGCGAUCAAGUAAUUGAUAUAAUUUGUACUGUAUGAAUUUGUAAAAUCAGUCGGCUGAUAUCUUUUUAAUGUGAUGUGAUAACUAUUUUCCUAAGAAUUUGAUGACCUCUGUAUUAAAUGUAUGGAAAUUAAAAUAUCCAAAUGAGUUUGUUGAUAUUGUGUAAAUACUUUGUAUUAGAGCAUAGUGCAGUCACAGGAGGUGAAAACUCAUUUACAAUUGAUUUGAAAUCACAGGACAUAGCCCCCAAUUAUUCUGAUAUAUUUGAAAUGUACACAAUCUUUCUUUCAUGAAAUUUCCAGUACUAAAAUGGUUAUCCUAAACACAAUUAAAUAUGAUAUGUUUCAUAAUCGAUUUUCAUAUUUAAUUCAAUCAUUUGAUGCACUAUGAGAUUUGAAUUGUUUUCACUAUUUUGCAAAUUGUUUAAUCUGAAAUAGAGAACUCUAGUUUGACAGUAGGCUAUUGUAUUGUAUUUAGAUGUGUUGUGUUUUUCUUAUUCAUGUGCUAGCUACACAAAGUAAAAUGUUUUUGCUAAUGUAGAGGUAUUCAAUAAUUAUUUAUAAUGCAAAAAAAUAUGUACAGCUGUGCUCAAAAGUUAGUGAACCCAUCACAAAGUGUGCUCCUCCAUGCUUAGUGUUGAAUGUAGACAACGACACUUCAAUGAUCAGCGAGCCCAGAUUAACAAACUUAACUGAAUGUAAUAUUUGUUCAUCUGACUUCAUAAUUAAAAAUCUUAAAAAAUGGCAGUUCAAAUAUAUAUGUUCUUUUCCUGGUGGGGUUCACUAACUUUUGAACACCAUGGUAUAUUUUUUCUAAUAGAAUAGAAUUGAAAAGGAAUUUGAUUUGCCUUGCAUGAUUUUCUACUACAGCAACACCUUUUUCAAGAUUCAAACUCAAAUCACCUUUCCAGCUACUGUUGUGAUCUUAAUUUCAAUUCUUUAGAUCAAACAAGAAUCAUUUGAGCUUUACAAAGCAAUCAUUCAAAAAUUGAUGCGUACAAUAGAAAAUUCAUGUCUCAAUGGCAUAUCAGCAUACCGUUAAAGGACAAGUCCACCCCAACAAAAAAGUGAUUUAAAAAGAAAAACAAAAAUCAAACAAACAAAAUACUAAAAAUUUAAUAAAAAAUCAAAUGUAAAAUAAGAAAGUUAUGACAUGUCAAAAUUGUGCGUGAUAUCAGAAAACAGUUAAAUGCACAUCCUCGAUGGAACUGAUGACAUGUAUAAAAAAAUAUGAAAUGUUUAAAUUUUCUCAUUUUAAUGUUAAAUAAAGAUUGAUUUCUCCCUGAAGAUUUGGAAUUGCUAUUGCUGUAACCUAUUCUGAUUUGGUGAAGAGUCUCAUUAUUGUCAAAUUGCAAAAAAAAAAUAUUGUAUGAUUAAAACAAUAAAAUGCAAAAGAUAUAGGGAGUGAUAUCAUCGACUGUCUAAUUAGCAUGCGGCUGUGUUGUGCAUAUAACUGUUUAGUGAACAUUAGCAACAAUUUGAAAUGUUAUAAAUUUCCCAUUUCAUCUGAUUUUGAAGGGAUUUUCAGCAUUAUGCUUCUUUGAUAUUUCUCUCUUUAUUCACAUCAAUUUGUUUCCUGGGGUAGACCUUGCCCUUUAAUAAACCUUCCAGUAUAAGUCUUGGUGUCUGGCAGCCUACAGCUCCCACCAUUACUUAUCAUUGAUGGUUGCCUGAAAGAAUGGCGGAAUUCAGUAUAAAUUACUUUUCUAAACAAUGUCAAUUCUUCAUAUACUUUGGAUAAAUCACUCUUUCAGUUUCAUACAAUUAUACUGUUCAUAAUUAAUCAGUAAUUGUUAAGGUGUGAAUUAUUUGUUUUCAACUCUUCCGGUGUGAACUAUAGUGCAGAGGUAUGUGGCGUGACUCAUACCACGAACAGCCUUGGUUAGUGUUUGCACUCUGUUAAUACGUGUUCGCCAUUAUGUGCAAUUAAUACUGUAUGAGAGUAAAUCAAUAAAUGCUCAGCUGGUCGAGGUACUGUACAAAUAUUCUAUACUUUAAAUUUGACAUUCCUAUGGGGAAUAUAAUAACAAGUAAUUGCCCACUAACUGUACACAAAGUAGUCAGAACCACCAAAUGACUUUUUCUAUACAUUUAUUGCAAUUUGUAAUAAGUUAUUCUUAUGGAUUAUCAAGGCAUCUUUCAGCCCUCUGAAAUUGUUUCCUAACUAAUAUCAGGAAUGAUUUACGAAGUAAUAUUAAUGAAAUACAUAUUUACUAGCUGUUGUAUAAUGCGAUUUAAUGUUAUUACAUCUGGAUAUAUGACUACACCUCACCAGAUACGAGACUGGGUUGUGCGGUAAUAAAGUGGUUUCACGU